UGGAAAGUCGUCGUCAUGAAAUAUCUGUGCGGCAUUGUGCUCUUUGUGGCCCUUUUGGCCCUUAGUAUCAGGCCAUCUGAGGAGGCUUGUGGAUAUGAGGCAUGCCCCAAAACCAAGACGAAUAUGAUCAACAUCCAUAUGGUUCCCCACUCUCAUGACGACGUCGGCUGGCUGAAGACCGUUGAUCAGUACUUCUAUGGCCACAGGAGCAACAUUCAGCAUGCCGGAGUCCAGUACAUCAUCGACACUGUGAUCGCUGAGCUGAUCAAGGAUCCCUCCCGUCGUUUCAUCCAGGUGGAGACCUCCUUCUUUGCCAAAUGGUGGGCUGAGCAAUCCGAGACUGCCAAGCAGGUUGUGAAGAAACUGGUCAACGAGGGUCGUCUCGAGUUCACCGGUGGCGCUUGGAGCAUGAACGAUGAGGCUGCUGUUAACUACCAGAGUGUGAUUGAUCAGUUCACCCUGGGUUUGAAGUUCUUGGAUGACACCUUCGGCUCCUGCGCCCGUCCCCGCAUUGGUUGGCAGAUUGAUCCCUUCGGUCAUUCCCGUGAGCAGGCCUCGAUCUUCGCUCAGAUGGGAUAUGAUGGAGAGUUCUUUGCCCGUAUGGAUCACCGCGACAAGAACAACCGUAUCGAUAACUUGGGCAUGGAAAUGAUCUGGGAUGCCAGUGACUCGCUGACCAACGAUGAGAUUUUCACUGGCCUGCUUUACCGUCACUACUCUGCUCCUCCCGGCUACUGCUUUGACGUCCACUGCGGUGACGAUCCGAUCAUUGACACCAAGAGCUACGACAACAAUGUCAAGUCCCGCGUGGAUGACUUCCUCAGCUACGUUACUGAGGUAGCCAAGCACUACCGUUCCAACCACAUCAUGAUCCCCAUGGGUGAUGAUUUCCAGUACGAAGAUGCCCAGGUUAACUUCAAGAACAUGGACAAGCUGAUCAAGUACGUGAACGAGCGUCAGGCCGAGGGAUCCACCUUCAACCUGUUCUACUCCACCCCCGCCUGCUACCUGAACUCUGUGCACGAGGGACUUCAAACCUGGCCCAACAAGACGGAGGAUUUCUUCCCCUACGGCAGUGAUGAUAACAGCUACUGGACCGGCUACUUCACCUCCCGUCCCACCCAGAAGCGUUUCGAGCGUGACGGCAACCACAUCCUGCAGAUUGCCAAGCAACUUAGCGUCUUCGCCAAUCUGAACGAGGAGCAGCAGAAGGAGGAUCUGGAAUACCUUCGCGAGAUCAUGGGUGUGAUGCAGCACCACGAUGCCAUCACUGGAACCGAGAAGCAGCACGUGUCCGAUGACUACGAUCGCAUUCUAUACGACGCCAUCCUCGGUGGUGUUAACACUGCCCGCGACGGUCUGCGAAAGGUUACCAACAUGCCCAACGGAGAAUUCGAGAGUUGCCUUCAGCUAAACAUCAGCGAGUGCGCCUUCACUAAGGACAGUGCCGACAAUGUUGUGGUGACCCUGUACAACCCCUUGGCCCACAUUUCCACUCAAUAUGUGCGAGUGCCCGUCAAGAACGAGAACUACCAGGUGACCGAUGAGAAGGGUCGCGUGGUGGCCUCCGAGGUGGUUCCAAUUGCCUGGCAGGUCCUGGCCCUGGAGUUCCGUAACAACGAUACUCAGCAUGAGCUGGUCUUCAAGGCAACCGUCGACAAGGUCGCCAACUACUACAUCAAGAAGGUUGAAAGUCAGGAGAGCAAGAACGCUGCUGUACUUACCAAGUCCAAGAGGUCCAUCAAGGAAGAAGCAUCCAACAUGGAGGUGCCCAAGCGAUUCAAGAAGGUUCACUCAAUGAAGAACGCUACUGAGACUUUCGACGACGAAGAUGAGGGAGAGACUGUGGUGCAGACUUCCCAAGUCAAACUGGUGAUCGACAACAAAUCUGGUCUUCUGAAGACCGUUGAAAUGAACGGAGUCUCCGAGAACAUUGACCAGAGCUAUGGUGUCUACAGGACCUACGACUCCGGUGCUUAUGUCUUCCGUCAAUACCACCAGGCUGACUUCAUUGUCCAGUACGAAGGUGUUGAGUUCACCGUUUACGAUGGAGCUUUGGUCAAGGAAGUUCACCAGCAGUUCAGCGAAUAUGUCUCCCAGGUCAUCCGUAUUUACGAGGGCAAAGAGAUUGUAGAGUUCGAGUGGCAGGUUGGACCCAUUGAGAGGGAAGAGGAAUUCGGCCGAGAAGUGGUUAUCAUCUUCAACAGUACCAUUGCCAACGAUGGCGUUUCCUACACCGACUCUAACGGCCGUCAGUUGAUCAAGCGUGUUAAGGACUUGCGUGAGGACUUCACUCCUGGUCUGGACAGGCAGCCUACUGCCGCCAACUACUACCCGGUUACAUCCCGCAUGGCCCUGCAGGACAGUAAGAAACGUAUUGCCCUCUUGAACGAUCGUGCCCAGGGAGGAGCCAGCAUGCUCAACGGACAGAUGGAGCUCAUGUUGCACCGUCGUCUUGUCCGCGAUGAUGGUUAUGGUGUGGGAGAGGCCCUGAACGAGGAGAAGUACGGUCAGCCUAUGAUUGCCCGUGGUAAGGUCUACCUGAUCCUCAGUCCUUCCGAUGAGUCUACUGCCGUGGAGCGUGAGGCCGAGAAGGAAAUCCAUCUGCCCUUCUGGAAGUUCUUCAGCAAGAACACCGCCAGCACCACUGCUGUUGCCAAGUCCGUUCCCAGCUUUGAUGACUUCCCCAAGUCUGUGCAUCUGCUCACUCUGGAGCCUUUCAACGAUGACGAGGUUCUGCUGCGUGUGGAGAACUUCCUGGAUCACACUGAGGGCAAGGUUGUCAGCUUCAACAUUCGCACGAUCUUUGACUACUUAAAUGGAGUCGAAAUUCGCGAAACCACCUUGGACGGCAGCUUGCCAUUGAGCGACAUGAAGCGUUUCAAGUUCCACCACGAUAGCUCCGGACACAGGCCCGAUGGUGAGUACUACACUUCGACCCACAAGCCUUUGGCCGCUGAGAAGUCCCAGGAAGCCUCCGAGUUCAGCGUCACCCUGCACCCAAUGCAGAUCCGUACAUUCAUUAUCAAGACGGAGUAAACCAAAGUUCUCAAUGCUAAAAGAAAUGUUAAUAUUAAAAUAAAUAAAGAUGUCAUAAAAAAUA